UCUUUUGGAAAUCCUGGUCCUCCAUGCAACAUGGAACAUGGGGUGUACCUGGAAAAAUGGGACAGGAUUGAUUACAACCGUAUUAAAUUCUUGCUGACUGAUCCUCGUUUUCCAGACCUACCAUCUUACUCAACUUGUGUGCCCUCAUUCGAACAGCCUUCUAACUGGGGAGACUUCUUUGGUUCUCGUUUAAGAACUUACUUCGUCCCUAUUCAGACCGGAAAUCAUUAUUUUUUCAUAUCAUCUAACGGUGGAAGUGAACUGUUCAUUAGUACAAAUAACCUAGAGACGAAUAAAGCAAUGAUCUGCGAAGUUGACGGAGGCUUUCCUACAGAGAAAUACGAAUACGACAGGUUUACCAACCAAAAGUCGAAUGCCGUAUACUUAAAGAAAGGACGUUAUUACUACAUGGAGGCCAUAAUGAAAGAUGACCAUCAGAUUGAUCAUUUGGAAGUUGGUUUGCAAACUCCUGACAAGACUAUUUACACCGUUAUUCCAUCCAAGUUCCUUUGGACAACGCAACGUUACGUAGUGCACAAUAUGACACAGCAGUCGCUUUUAUUAAAAACUGCGGCAGGAGCUGGUGCAAAAGCAGGUUUUUCAUUUGGAAAAAAAUUAGCGGUGGCAAGUGGCAAAAAGGCAGGAGAAGAGGCUGGUACCCUGGCUGGAAUGCAGGCGGGAGCAUCAGCUGGUGCUAAAGCAGGCGAAAAGGCUGCUAUUGAAACAAUGACAGAAGCACUGGAAGAAGCUUUAAAUUCCUUUCACGGCGACAACCUGCACAAAUUUAAAAUCAAUGUUAAGGAUGGAAGGGUGGUUUCUGUAACCGGUCCCGGAAUAGGGGAAGUUACAGUCAAAAGGAAAGAGAAAGGAAUAAUAGGAGGUAAAGUAGGAGAGGGAGGAGGUGGAAAGGGAGGAAGUGUUGGAGAAAUGAGGGGAGGCGUUCGUAAGGCUGCGGGUAGAGGUAAGAGCGGUGGAGCAGAGGCAGGUGGAAACGGUGGAGGAAGGGAAGAAGGAGGCAAAGGAGGAAGAGGGGGAGAAGCAACAAAGGAGGUAACAACAGGAGAAGAAGCAGGAAGCAUAGGUAGUGAAAGGGCAGAGGGUGGAUGGGGAAGUGGAGGAACCGGAUGGGAAGGCGCAGAAGGCCUGUCCGUCACAAGUAAUGCGGGAAAACAAUCAGCUUUUAGUUCAAACAGCAGUGCUAUUGCUAGAGGGGGGAUCAAUGCCGCUGCUGGAAAGAGUGCAGGAAGACAAGAGAAGACAAAAACUAACUAUACUCCUUACCGAGAUGUGACGUAUAUUCCAAAAGUAGGAGAGCUCCCUCAGGAAAUGGCCAGAUCACUUGUCUGGAGAGUUGGAGCUGCUUCCAAAAUUGUAGAUAAGGCAAUGUAUACGAUUCACUCAUGGCACGUACCGUUCUCUCAGGAGAACUUCACCUUGAACUAUUGUUGGAAAUCAACAGAUGGCCAGUUGUUCAUAAAACCCGAUUGUCAGGUAUUCAUUGCACAUGUCCCCGCUUUGUACCAAAAAACUAACGAAGACCGAGACAGUGUCUCUUUUGAAUCUGCUUGCUUUCCUGGUUAUUUCCUGAGGCAAAAGAACUACCACUUUCUGAUACAGAAGAGGGAUGGAUCAGAACUUUUUGAAAAAGACAGUUCAUUCUAUGCUUAUUCAGUUAUGAAGCAUACAAGAAAUAUUUUGUUCAACUCGAUGCACAAUGACUGGUACAUCUGCGAAAGUAUUCCUGUUGGAAAAACGGAGACGAGACUUAGAAUCGAACUCAUCCUGGACUUUUACAAUGGAGAUCCGGACGUUCUUGAUCGCUGUACCUUUUUACUUCAUCCUAUUCCUCAAUCAGAGAGCAAGUUUAAAAACUGUAAAGGCAUGAUUGGCCCAGAUCCACGGCGCAUGAUUAACGGUCAACCACUUCCUAGCGCUCCUCCUCUGAUAACGCUUCCAGAGGCAGCUUCACAGAUCAUUGGCGUCAAUAAUAAACCGUUAGUCACAACACCAGGGGUACCACCUGGAAAUACCAAUGCAUCAGCAAUAAAUACCGCGAAAUCUGCUAGUGGCGGAAUUGCUCCGAGGCCAACUAUCUCAACAAAAACCAGAAAAUGGUGCGUCGCAUUACACCUCAUUAACAACUUGGGAUCUUCAUUCAUACUUCACUCAUCUCUUAAACAUGAAGGGUAUCUUAUCAGUGGACGUGGUUUUAACCUUAAGCUUCUCACGGACCGGCCCGAACUACAUAGUCAUGUUAUCUUCAGUGCCGAGGAUCCAACCAGAAAUAAACUUCUUCUGAACGGCGGCCUAACUCUUUCAGAGCCAAUGGUACCAGGCUGCCCCGUAUUUUGGGACGUAUACGUUACAUCCGUGCAAGGUGUAAACUUGAAAGGAGCCAUUUCCUCGAGUACUUCAUUUCCUUCAUCUUCUUCCACAUUGUCAAUGAAUAUUCCAGCUCCAAUCAAUCUGUCUCCUGUUCGUCCCAAAGUUUGGUCAUCAACUAUUCCUGGCACCUCGUUCUUGCCUAGAAUUUCUUCAGCUUCUCAGAUUUCCGGAUUGAUUUCAAACUCCCAAACAACCGAUAACCAGACUCAACUUCCGAUGAAGACCUCACCACCGACUUCUUCUCCUGGAGAGACUUUAACCCCUACUUCGUCCAAAUCUAGCUUGUCGGGUGCUUCUUCAGCUUCCUCCUCUAUGCCGCCGCUCAAAUUUCCGGCCCCAAUUGAUGUCACUUCCGAUCACCCCAAAAAAGAAACUCGAUUUGUUCCUUAUAGGUCACGUGGCAAUCCUCCCCCAAUUUUUAGUUCCUCUCAUAAUUAUUCAGCUGCAACCAAUUUUUCACCCACCCUAUUGAAUCCAAAGGUCUCACCGUGUCCAAAUCAAUUUGGAAGAUGUGAUAUUCCUCUUACGUCGUUAUCAGGAUCAGGUGGCUCCACUCCACCGGUCACAGACGCAGCCCCAAUUAAAAUCCCUCCUGCGUCCAAAACAUCGUUAUCUGCUAAAGUUACUAACUUUCCUGGUAAUACCUCACCCCAAACAACAUCUUAUCCUCCUUGGGAAUCUGGAGUCAUCUCAAAAUCUGUAAAUACCACUAAUGAGGUUGUAAAUCCAAAGAAGACGUCACCCUCUACUUCAUUUCCUUCCAAGAGUUCAGCCGCCGUUUUGUCCAUGUCUACUGCGCCGUCCUCGGAAAAGGGUGUCAUAAAUUCUACUGCAGCCGAAAACGUUCAGAAUCUAAAGAAGAUCACGCCACCUACCUCGUUUCCUUCAAACAGUUCAGCCUCUUUGACGCCUGAACCUGGUACUGCUUCGUCAGGCUGUUCAUCGGCGUUUCCUGCGUCUCUGCUGAGGGUACAAUUUCCUCCACGAGUACCUGUCGAUAGUUCCGCGCCUUGUCCUUCUAUCCCUCACGAACGUCCUCCAUCUUCUUCUAAUGGCUCCUUCCCGCCAGAAUCUUUAGAAGACUCGUCAAACUCCACAGCAGUCCCUUCCUCUUGGUCACGGCCAGUAAAACGUCCAAAUCUAACAGAAUCUCCACCUCUCAAGAAUUCUUCCAUUCUUAUACCUGCGGGUCGGACUGUUAACUUAUCAUCGCCUCUUCCUCCAUCUAGUUCCCAGGUAACCUCUUUCCCCCCAGCGGUUUCUGGUUUCCCUGAGGCUCCAGCAGAUCUUGAUGACCUAAUGACUAUUGUUGCUCCGCCCCGGAUGUCGAAGGCAACAUCUUUAGCAUCGUUCCCUUCUGCAGCGGGUUCCCCUUCUUAUUCCGCUUCAGAAGCUCCAUCCACAAAAUUGACCCAUGGCGUAUACUUGGAGAGAUGGGACAGAAUCGACUACAAGCGUGUCAAAUUUCUACUGGCUGAUCCGCGCUAUCCAAAUCUACCAAGUUUUGCGACAUGUGUCAAAACAUUUGAACAGCCUUCAAAGUGGGGAGAUUUCUUUGGCUCUCGUUUAAGGACAUACUUUGUUCCUCUGCAAACAGGAUACCACUAUUUCUAUCUUUCAUCAAAUGCUGGAAGCGAACUCUACAUCAGCCAAAACGAAAAACCAGAGAUGAAGUCAAAGAUUAGUGCAAUAGAUGGCGGGUUUGCCACUUAUCAGUAUGAGUUCAAUAGGUUUAUCAGUCAAAAAUCUCUCCCAGUUUACCUAGUAAAAGGUAAAUAUUAUUACAUGGAGGCUGUAUUCAAAGAUGAUCAUCAAAACGACCACCUAGAAGUGGCUUUAAAGACACCGGACGGAACCUUUUACAAAGUGAUUCCCUCAACGUUCUUAUGGACUACACUGCCGCCACCGCCUGCCAGAAACUUUACCAAUAUAGCCAUUUUACUCCGCGUGGCGGCGCGAGCUGGUGCAAGAGCUGGUCUUGCAUUCGGAGCGAAUUGGGCGAGAAAGAGCGGAAAAAAAGCAGGCGCUAAGGCUGGUGCCGUUUCUGGGGAGGAAGCAGGAGCAUCAGCGGGAGCCCGCGCAGGUGUAAAAGCAGCGAUAAAGAUGACAGUAGAGACACUAGAAAAAAUAUUUAAUAAACUUCAUGGAAAUGACGGGCAUAAUUUUAAGAUUCUUGUGAAGAAUGCCACUGUGGUUUCUGUGAGUGGUCCCGGGAUGAAAAGUGCAGGAAGAGCUGGCUCUGCUGCAGCAGCUGUAGCGUUAGGAGCAGCUGGGAGUGCUGUAGGGCUAGGGAAAGUAGAAAGCACAGGAGCUGCUGGAUCAGCGGGAAAGGCUGGAGCUGUUGGUGCCGGAGGAGCCGGAGAAGGUGGAGGAGCUGGAGGAGGUGGAGGAGCUGGGGGAGCUGGAGGAGCUGGGCGAGCUGGAGGAGCUGGAGGAGCUGGAGGAGCUGGAGGAGCUGGAGGAGCUGGAGGAGCUGGAGAAGGUGUAGGUAGUGCCGCAACUACUGGUGGUGGUGGAAAUACAAGAGGCACAAGCGGAGGAGUAAUAUCAGAGAAAGGAGGAGGCGGAGGUAUAGCUGGUACUGCACCAACUAGUAGUGGCGUUGGUGUAGCAGGUGGAGGGAUGGCAGAAGUCAUGGGAGUCAUGGAAGUUUCUCAGGUUACAUCAGGAGCAAGCUCCACAAGUAGUGGUGUUGCUGCAAGUGUUGGUGAAGUAGAAAUAGACGGCAGGACGUUUUCUCCAGAUAGGCCGUUGGUCGUGAUUCCGAGACCAGGAGAAGAUCCACAGGAACUUGCCAAUUCAAAGACGAUGCUUUGGAAAGCGGGUGGUGCUACAGCAAUUGUGGCAGGUGCAAUGUACACCUUUCAUGCCUGGGACAUACCAUACACACAGGAGGACACCAACUUGAAUUACUGCUGGCGAUCAAUAAAUGGCAACCUUCGCAUGAACCAGUUCUGCCAGGCAUUUACAGCUCGCGUGCCUGCAAUCUAUAGCAAAGCCACCGAAAAAAACUUCAGCGUAUCUUUUGAGUCUGUGUGUCGACCCAAUCAUUUCAUACGACAGAGGAGCUAUCAUUUCCAUCUUGAAAGGAGAGACGGAUCGGAGCUCUUUGACAAAGACAGCUCCUUUUACAUCUUCUCGGUGAUGAAAUAUGAAAGAAACCUUCUUUUCAACGCCAUGCAUAAAGAUUGGUACAUAUGCCAAGAACUAUACAAAGUAGAAGGCCGACAGAUGAUUUUAGACUUUUACAAGGGUGAACCCGAUGUUCUUCAGCGCUGCUCCUUCUCAGUUUACCCUCUCCUGCUAGGCAGCAACAAAUUUAUGAACUGUAAGGACGUUCUUGGACCAGUGAAACAUCGCGAAAUCAAUGGUCAACCACUUCCUCAUCCCCCACAUCUGAUUCCUAUUGCUCCACCGCCGCCAUCUGCCUUGUCUCUAUGUUUGCCAGUUUGCCAGGAACAAAAGUUUCCUUCCUCAGUUGAGGUUUAUAGCGUCCCUGAAAACGCAACUAUGUGUGUUGCAUUGCACUUCAUCAAUGACUUCGGUAGUCCAUUUAAAUUGGACUCUCCUCUUAAACACGACGGAUAUCUUGUCAAUGGGUCAGAGUUUAAACUCAGAUUCAUCGUAGACCACCCCAAGUUGCAUAGCUACGUAAAAUUCAGUGCCCGUGACCCGGCAGGUGAAAGCAACCUUGUCUUGAAUGGAAAAUCCACUUUAUUGGAGCAAGUAGUGCCUGGCUGUCCGAUCUUUCGGAAGAUUUCAGUGAAAUCCCAACAAGGACGUUUUCAAGAAAAAACACCAUUAGCAUCAGUUACAUCUCAAGCACCGCAAGAGGAAUCUGUAGGUCUAUCACCUCAAAGACCAUCAUCACUUCUCCCAUCCCAGCUUGCACCACCCCUUUCACCUUUACCUCCAGCUUAUUCUGCUUCUCAUCCUAUCUCAACAUCGGUAUCAAAUUCUGCCAAUGUUUCUGCUGCCUCAACAGCUUCACCUCCUCCUCUUUACGGUCCAGUAUCGCCAGUGCAGCGAAAAGCGGAUAAUGGAUCCGUUCACUAUCAUUUCCACUAUUAUCCAACAAAGACGUUUCCAAAUGGUUGUCCAUUUAAGGCCAACCAAUCAAUAAAUGGCUAA